AUGUCAUCAACAAGGUGGACAGGGCCUCUCAUCAGACCAAGACAGGGAACAAUGAAGGCAGGACAAAUAAACCCCCAGAGCUUGAAAGUUGAGGUCAAUGAUGUGCCUAUUCCGAAACCAAAUGAGAAUGAGAUUCUGGUUAAAAUUCACUGUGCCUCUCUCUGUCACUCGGACAUUAUGAUAUUUGAGCCAAAUGACGAGAUGGUAUACCCCGAAAAGCCAACCACCAUGGGACAUGAGGCUACAGGCCAAGUGAUUGAGAUUGGAACCAAUGUGAAGGGCUUCAAGAAAGGCGACAACAUCGGCUUCCUCCCAGCGACAAAUGUCUGCUUUAACUGCAUCCCUUGUAAGCAAGUGCAUAAUAUGUGGUGUGAAAAGAGCCAACCGGUGAUGCAAGGUUUUGGCUCAGAUGGAUAUUUUGCCGAAUAUGCAGUUGUUGAUUACCGAAGCUCCAUGGUCCUGCCAGAGAAUCUUGACCCGGUUGCUGCAGCACCCCUGUUUUGCGCUGGAGUCACUGCGUUCCACGCCAUCGGUGAUCUCAAGCUUCCUGCCGGUAGCUGGGUAGCUAUCGUCGGCUGUGGUGGGCUCGGCGCUUUAGCAGUUCAGUACGCGCAAGCAAUGAGGUACCGGGUCAUUGGCCUCGACAUCGCAGCUGCGGCGAGAGAAGAGGCAAAGGCACUGGGUGCUGAAUACGUCUUCGACUCCGCAGCGGAUAAAUACCUUGAGCGUGUUCUUGAGAUCACUGGUGGUGGUGUUGACGCAGCAGUCAACUUCACCGCGAGCAAGAAGGCAUACAGUGCCAUGCCUACCAUUAUUCGUCCUGGACGAGGUAUUUUGAUGGUCGUGGGAAUCCCUGCCGAGCCCAUUGAGCUCAACGCAUACGACAUCGCCCUGGGGAAAUUCAGAGUUAUGGGCUCCAACAACGGUACCGGCUACAACAUGCGGGCUGCCAUUGAGUUUAGCGCGAAACAUAACAUUUAUUCACGCCUGGAAUACUUUACUCUCGAUGAGCUGCCACUAAUGGUGAAAAAGAUGCAAAAUCAUGAGGCAAGGGGCCGUAUGGCAGUCAAGUUUGGGAAUUCAACUGAGAGUGUCUCCGGGUCAAGAAAUCGGUCUACUUUCAGGUUGUAG